UGCUGUCUCUCCUGCAAGGGCUGCAUCGCUGUCCCUUCACUCCUGGGAUGAUCUGGAUUUGCGAGAGCUUCUCAUUAAGACGGACAGAACUUGGCAGAAGAGCAAAGGGUUCCUUCCGAUCUCUCAGAGGCUUCCUGAGAGCACAGAUGGAUGAGCGAGACUCAUCUGGCCCAGGAGCUGGAAGAGGCCAUGCCAUACAAUCUGGGAGCAGAGAGGGAUUCUGGGAAAACUCUGUGCAGAAGAUCCUCGGUGAGGAGGACGCCCUCCGCUCGGAGGUGCAGAGCCAGAAGUUGAGGCAGUUCUGCUGCCAGGAGGCCAAAGGACCCCGAGAGGUUUGCAGCCGACUCUACCACUUUUGCCACCAGUGGCUGAAGCCAGAAAGGCACACGAAAGCUGAGAUGCUGGACCUGGUGAUCUUGGAGCAGUUCCUGGCUGUCCUUCCCCCGGAGAUGGAGAGCUGGGUGAGGGAAUGCGGAGCAGAGACCAGUUCCCAGGCGGUGGCCCUGGCCGAAGGUUUCCUCCUGAGUCAGGCAGAGGAGAGAAAGCAGGGAAAGGAUCUCUUUGCAGAAAUGGGCCAGAUUUCUUCUGAGGCAGAGAGACCUCCGUUGAACACCAGACAGAGGCAGCUGGGUGACACAGUGAUACUGGCUAGACCUCUUCAUCCAUCUUUACAUGGCGACAGAGGAGAAGCAGCGGCUGUGGAACCAGAUCAGGGUCCAGUGUGCUUUGAAGAUGUUGCUGUUCAUUUCACAGACGAGGAGUGGGCGUUGCUGGAUUCUGACCAGAGAGCUCUGCAUAAGGACGUCAUGGAGGAGAAUCGUGGGGUCGUGGCCUCUCUUGAUAAUGAUGGACUGGAAAUUAAGAUCAAGGGUGACCAUGACAAAAUCCCCACAAUGGAGAAGCCAUAUCAAUAUCUUGAAUGUGGAAAAGUUUCUCAUUCUACUCCCCAUCCAAGAAAUCCCACUGGGAAGAAACCCUAUAAGUGCUUGGAAUGUGGAAAGAGCUUCAGUCAAAGCACCCAUCUCAUUUCCCAUCAAAGAAUUCAUACAGGGGAGAAACCAUAUCACUGCAUGGAAUGUGGAAAGAGCUUCAGUCGGAGCUUCUCUCUCACUUCCCAUCAAAGAAUUCAUACAGGGGAGAAACCAUAUCAGUGCGUAGAAUGUGGAAAGAGCUUCAGUCAGAGCUUCUCUCUCACUUCCCAUCAAAGAAUUCAUAGAGGGGAGAAACCCUAUCACUGCAUGGAAUGUGGAAAGAGCUUCAGGAAGAGCUCCAGUCUCACUUCCCAUCAGAGAAUUCAUACAGGGGAGAAACCCUACAAGUGUGUGGAAUGUGGAAAGAGCUUCAGGCAGAAGUCCAAUCUCACUUCCCAUCAAAUGAUUCAUACAGGGGAGAAACCCUAUCAGUGCAGAGAAUGUGGGAAGAGCUUCAGUCAAAACGCCCAUCUCACUUCCCAUCGAAUGAUUCAUACAGGGGAGAAACCCUAUCAGUGUGUGGAAUGUGGAAAGAGCUUCAGUACGAGCUCCGAUCUCACUUCCCAUCACAGAAUUCAUACAGGGGAGAAACCCUAUCAGUGCAGAGAAUGUGGGAAGAGCUUCAGUCAAAAUGCCCAUCUCACUUCCCAUCAAAUGAUUCAUACGGGGGAGAAACCCUAUGAGUGUGUGGAAUGUGGAAAGAGCUUCAGUACGAGCUCCUCUCUUAGUUCCCAUCACAGAAUUCAUACAGGGGAGAAACCCUAUCAGUGUGUGGAAUGCGGAAAGAGCUUCAGGAAGAGCUGCCAUCUCACUUCACAUCAAAGAGUUCAUUUAGGGGAGAAACCCUAUCAGUGUGUGGAAUGUGGAAAGAGCUUCACUACGAGCUCCAGUGUCAUUAAGCAUCAGAUAAUUCAUACAGGGGAGAAACCGUAUCAGUGUGUGGAAUGUGGAAAGAGUUUCUGUCGGAGCACCGAUCUCACUUCACAUCAAAGAGUUCAUUCAGGGGAGAAACCCUAUCAGUGCGCGGAAUGUGGAAAGAACUUCAGUCACAACUCCUCUCUCACUUUCCAUCAAAGAAUUCAUACAGGGGAGAAACCCUAUCAGUGUGUAGAAUGUGGAAAGAGCUUCAGUCAGAGCUCCAAACUCAUUUCCCAUCAAAGAAUUCAUACAGGGGAGAAACCCUAUCAGUGCGUGGAAUGUGGAAAGAGCUUCAGUCAGAGCUCCCAUCUCGCUUCCCAUCAAAGAAUUCACAUUGGGAAGAAAGCAUAUCAGUGUUUGGAAUGUGGAAAGAGCUUCAGGAAGAGUUCCGAUCUCAUUUCCCAUCAAAGAAUUCAUACAGGGGAGAAACCCUAUCAGUGUAUGGAGUGUGGAAAAAGAUUCAGUCGAAGGAUCAAUCUCACUUCACAUCAAAGAAUUCAUACAGGGGAGAAACCAUAUCAGUGUGUGGAAUGUGGAAAAAGCUUCAGUCAGAGCUCCAGUCUCACUUCCCAUCAAAGAAUUCAUACAGGGGAGAAACCCUAUCAGUGCUUUGAAUGUGGAAAGAGCUUUAGUCAGAGUGGCCAACUCACUUCCCAUCAAAGAAUUCAUACAGGGGAGAAACCAUAUCAGUGCAUGGAAUGUGGAAAGAGCUUCAGGAAGAGCUCCCAUCUCACUUCCCAUCAGAGAAUUCAUACUGGGGAGAAUCCAUAUAAUUGUUUGGAAUUAGGAAAGAGCUUCAGUACGAGCUCCUAUGUCACUUCCCAUCAAAGAAUUCAUACAGGGGAUAAACCCUACCAGUGUGUGGAAUGUGGAAAGAGCUUCAGUCGCAGCUCCGAUCUCACUAAGCAUCAGAGAAUUCAUACAGGGGAGAAACCCUAUAAGUGUGUGGAAUGUGGAAAGAGCUUCGCUGAUAGCUCCGAUCUCACUAAGCAUCAGAGAAUUCAUACAGGGGAGAAACCCUAUAAGUGUGUGGAAUGUAGAAAGAGCUUUGCUGAUAGCUCCGAUCUCACUAAGCAUCAGAGAAUUCAUACAGGGGAUAAACCCUAUCAGUGUGUGGAAUGUGGAAAGAGCUUCAGUCACAGCUCCUCUCUCACUUUCCAUCAAAGAAUUCAUACAGGGGAGAAACCCUAUCAGUGUGUGGAAUGUGGAAAGAGCUUCAGACAGCGCUCUGAUCUCACUUCCCAUCAGAGAAUUCAUACAGGGGAGAAACCCUAUCAGUGUGUGGAAUGUGGAAAGAGCUUCAGACAGCGCUCCAAUCUCACUUCCCAUCAGAGAAUUCAUACAGGGGAGAAAGCCUAUCAGUGUUUGGAAUGUGGAAAGAGCUUCAGGAAGAGCUGUGAUCUCACUUCCCAUCAGAGAAUUCAUACUGGGGAGAAUCCAUAUAAUUGUUUGGAAUUAGGAAAGAGCUUCAGUACGAGCUCCUAUGUCACUUCCCAUCAAAUAAUUCAUACAGGGGAUAAACCCCACCAGUGUGUGGAAUGUGGAAAGAGCUUCAGUCGCAGCUCCGAUCUCACUAAGCAUCAGAGAAUUCAUACAGGGGAGAAACCCUAUAAGUGUGUGGAAUGUGGAAAGAGCUUCGCUGAUAGCUCCGAUCUCACUAAGCAUCAGAGAAUUCAUACAGGGGAGAAACCCUAUAAGUGUGUGGAAUGUGGAAAGAGCUUCGCUGAUAGCUCCGAUCUCACUAAGCAUCAGAGAAUUCAUACUGGGGAGAAACCCUACCAGUGUGUGGAAUGUGGAAAGAGCUUCAGUCGCAGCUCCGAUCUCACUUCCCAUCAAAGAAUUCAUACAGGGGAGAAACCCUAUCAGUGUGUAGAAUGUGGAAAGAGUUUCAGUACGAGCUCCUAUCUCACUAAGCAUCAAAUAAUUCAUACAGGGGAGAAACCCUAUCAGUGCUUUGAAUGUGGAAAGAGCUUCAGUCAAAAGGCCAAUCUCCGUUCCCAUCAAAGAAUUCAUAAGAAGGGUGGGAAAACCUUCAUUAUACAGCUUUCAGCGCUAGGGGAAAAGGCACCACUUUAAAAAGGCCUUUGACUGACUGACAUCUAAUGCUCUUUUAAAAUCUGGUGGGGAGGUGGGGGUUACAUGUUUUGGGCUGUGUGUUUUAUCUUUUCAUAUUGUGAUUCUAAUGUUGUAACCAUCUUGAGAGGUGUGGGUGUAGGGAAUAGUAGCCAACUCUUAGAGGGUGAGGGGUCUUUGCGCCCCCCAUAAAAUAUUUGAGGGGGCACCUCCCCCCAAAUCCUAGGAAUUGGCAUUCAAAUGACAUGCAUGCACCGCAUCAUGUGACUGUUUAACCAAGGCAGGGCUUCCUAAACCCCUUCUAUAUUUUAUUCAAGUUGGCACCCCUGCUGUAGGGCGCUAUAGAAAUCAAAUAAAUGCAUAAAUAAAAUAAAACUAUCUUGAUCGCCUUCAUUUGCACACGUUCCAGCUUGUUAAUAUCCUUCUUAUUAUUAUCAUUUAAAAAAAUUAUGUGCCUUCAUCUGAAGAUUUCACGGUGGUUCACAACAUAAACAUACAGGUUGAAAGCAUGGCUUUCUCAAAAGAAAGUCAAGUGAGAGAAAUCUCUCCUUUUAUUCUUUUCUUUUUUGGAUGGAGUUACAAACUGUUGAUCAGGGGACUGCUGUGGAAAUAGUGCAUCUUGAUUUUGUAGGAGGUGUCGAUCAGAAUUUGUUUUGAGCCACCAAUCUGAGUGCAAAUGAUCCCCAAGCUGGUAUAGCCUUUAAGGUAAAAAGUUCAUGCAAAGGUUAUGCAAUGCCAGCCUAGAAACAUGAGGAAUGAACUGUGAGUGAACUAAGCCCACCUAACCAGUUGAACAGGCGAGAAUCUUGCCAAAGGAUCUAAAAAGAAAGAUACUACCUGUGAGGGACAGGGGAUAUCGCGAAGUCCCUCCCCUCCUGAGUUCAAGCCCAUCCCCGAGCACAGGGGAAAGCAGAGAGAGUUCCGAUUCCAAUGGGGAAGCAGGAAGUCGUGUCCGAGGCUCAGGCAAGGUAGAGGAGCCAGGGUCCCAGGUGGGACAGGAAGGGGCGAAUAAGGGGGGGAGACCCAUCCCCCCAACUCCGGAAUUACGCAGAAAGAGGAGGGGAAAGAGGAUGGGUCUGCCAAAGCUUUUGUGUUGGAGAAAGACGCGCCAAAAGCCAUUCGGAGGUUCUGGAACCGACUGACCACAUCACUCCGUGUAAAUAGCAAUGACUUCAGCACUGUAAAUACGCAGCACCAAUAAAAGAAUAAAAUGCAGAGCUGCGUAGCGUCGUUACUCUGAAGUAGCCCACUCCGGCCACUGUGACAGCAACCUCCGAAUCCUUUUUUGGGCUACUUUGGAGUUGCCGGGAUGAGCGUGUCAGAGGCGGAGAGAUGGCGGCAGAUCGCGGAGCAAGCCCAGCAAGAACUGCAGCAGCUGUCGCUGCAGGCGCAGGGGGAAUUGAAGGCAGCUAAAGAAGAGACUAAGAAGGUCCAGGACGACCGGCUACAACUUGCGGAACAGGUGAGAGCGCUACAGGAAAGAGAGCAGGAAUUAAGGGCGGUGGCGGUAGACCUCCAAAACAAGCUGGAUGCAGAGAAAAACAAGGCGGGAGGGGCACCCCAAGUCCAAGUGCUGCCAGGAAGGAGAGCCGGGACCCUAGUAAGCAAGUUCAAUGGAGACCCGAGGGAAUAUCAGGGCUUUGAGACUGAGAUUGUGUAUGCUCUUGAGCUGCACCACGAUGAGUUCCCUGAUGAUGAGCACAGGGUAGCGUUUAUUGUGGAGCACCUUACCGGGGCAGCCAGGGAGUGGCUAAGACCGUUAAUCGCAACAAAGAAUCCUUGCAUGAAGAAUGUAAAACUAUUUCUAGAAGGUUUGAAAACGAUGUAU